CAGCGCCGCCCCCGCCUGGGAGGCCGCAACGGCCGCGGGAGCAGCGAGCGGGGCCGGGGGGGGCCCGGGGACGAUGUGCAGGCCCCCGCUGCCCACGGACGGACACAUGGACACGCCAUCCCCGCCGCGCUGCCCGGCCCGGCCGGGCCCCGCCGUGCCCAGGGCCAGCUGAGGACAGACAGGGGCGUCAUCCCCGGCCUCUGUCCCGUCGGGAUCCUCCCUCGCCGCGGGCGGGGCCGCCCGUGUCCCCUCACCAUGAACGGGCUGUCGCUGAGCCAGCUGUGCUGCCUGUUCUGCUGCCCGCCCUGCCCCAGCCGCAUCGCGGCCAAGCUCGCCUUCCUGCCCCCCGAGCCCACCUACGCCGUGGUGCCCGAGCCCGAGCCCGUGGGCAGCGCCAGCACCGGCUCCCUGCGCGGCGCCGCCGGCCGCUGGAAGCUGCACCUGAAGGAGAGGGCGGAUUUCCAGUACUCCCAGCGGGAGCUGGACAACAUCGAGGUGUUCGUCACCAAGAGCAACCGCGGCAACCGCGUCGGCUGCAUGUACGUCCGCUGCGUGCCCGGCGCCAGGUACACGGUGCUGUUCUCCCACGGCAACGCCGUGGACCUGGGGCAGAUGAGCAGCUUCUACAUCGGGCUGGGCACCCGAAUCAACUGCAACAUCUUCUCCUACGACUACUCCGGCUACGGCGUGAGCACGGGGAAGCCCUCGGAGAGGAACCUCUACUCCGACAUCGACGCCGCGUGGCAGGCGCUGCGGACGCGGUACGGGAUCAGCCCGGAGAACAUCAUCCUGUACGGGCAGAGCAUCGGCACCGUGCCCACGGUGGACUUGGCCUCCCGCUACGAGUGCGCGGCCAUCGUGCUGCACUCGCCGCUCACCUCGGGCAUGCGCGUCGCCUUCCCCGACACCAAGAAGACCUACUGGUUCGAUGCCUUCCCCAACAUCGAGAAGAUCUCCAAGAUCACCUCUCCCGUCCUCAUCAUCCACGGCACGGAGGACGAGGUCAUCGACUUCUCCCACGGGCUGGCGCUGUUCGAGCGCUGCCCCAAGGCCGUGGAGCCGCUCUGGGUGGACGGGGCCGGGCACAACGACAUCGAACUCUACAGCCAGUACCUCGAGCGCCUUCGGAAAUUCAUCUCCCAGGAGCUGCCCAGCCAGCGCAACUAGGGGCGGGCGGGGGGCCCUGCCCGUCCCCCCGGCUCUCCCAGUGUCCCUCCCCGGUCCCAGGUUGCAAUGACUUUGUUCGGCCUCGGCUCCAGGCUCGGGAGCACGGGCAGCGUUUCCUCUGGGACACAAGCACAGCUCUCCUGCCGCCCGGUGCCAGCCCUGGCGCUGCUGGCACCCCUGGCACGGCUGGGCAGACACGGCAGCUCCCUCCUCCCCCCUUCCCAGAGACACGAGAGCCCACCCUCCGACGGCGGAUCCUUGGCUUCGGACACGUCCUCGUCCCCUCUCCCGGGACAGCGAACUCCCGAGCCCCUCCCGGCCGCUCUACUGCUCUGACAUAGCAAUAAUGCGAGCUGGAGAGGGGCUGGGGGGCCCGGCCCCCUCCCCGCUGUCCCAGGGGGCGGGACAGAGGAGGUGGCAGUUCCCACUCCAUGGAGCUUUCCCGGGACCAGCGCUGGCGGUGCCCGGAGUUCACCCCACGGCCGGGGCAGAGCCGUGUCCCCACGGGGACUAUGGGGAUGCACGGAGGAGGUGCCCUCCUGCCCCACACCUCCUCCAGUGUGGCCCUGCUCAGCCUUCCCAGAGCACUCCUGGUGUUCUGGUCACCCCUGGAAAACCUGCGGAGCGCUCGCUCGGGAACGGGCCGGGGGAAGCAGGCACUGAAUAAAGAGCAGAGGUUUAACGUUUUA